UUUUUCUUUGCCUUUUCUUCUCAUAAUAAUUAAGGUAAAAACUAUUGUUUCCGUUUUUCUUUAUGCUGGAAGAUCUGAGAAAAUAGAAACUGAUCGCAACGACAAGAGAGAAGGCCAAAGUAAUUAACCACCACAAUGUUUGUUGAAACAAGCCAUUUGCCUCCUAAAUUAGGCAACAUUGUUCAUUCUGAUCCCAACAUAUCUACCACAAACAUUAAUCACGACGACGCGGAUAACAAUUACAAUGCAAGGCACAGUAGCUUCUCUGCCUAUGAAGCCAAUCGUCUUAGUGGUGAAGGUUCUCCUAUGAUGAUGUCCCCAUGGAAUCAAGGCUCUCCUUUUUCUAAAUCCCCUUGGUCCAAAUUUGAUGAUCAAGAUGGAAAUUCCCAAAAUAUCCCUCAAAAUGGCCUCAUUGGUUCACUCAUACGUGAAGAAGGUCACAUUUAUUCUUUGGCUACAAAAAAUGAUCUUCUCUACACAGGAUCAGAUAGCAAGAACAUACGCGUUUGGAAGAACUUGAAGGAAUUUGCAGCAUUCAAAUCCAAUAGUGGCCUUGUUAAAGCUAUAAUUAUUUCAGGUGAGAAAAUUUUCACAGGUCAUCAAGAUGGAAAAGUUCGUGUUUGGAAGAUCCAAGCAAAGAAUCCUGGUACUUAUAAACGUGCUGGGACUUUGCCAUCAUUCUUUGACAUUUUUAAGGCAUCCAUUAAGCCCAGCAAUUAUGUGGAAGUUAAGCGUAAUAGGACUGGUUUAUGGAUCAAGCAUGUUGAUGCCAUUUCAUGCUUGAGCAUGGAUCAAACCCAUGGUCUUCUCUAUUCUGCUUCGUGGGACAGAACAUUUAAGGUAUGGAACGUUGAUAACUCGAAAUGCAUAGAAUCAGUGAAAGCCCAUGAUGAUGCUGUGAACUCUGUGGUGACCAGCGUGGAAGGCAUAGUGUAUACAGGAUCAGCAGAUGGAACAGUGAAGGUUUGGCAGAGGGAAAACUCUGGAAAGAACACAAAACAUGUUUUUGUUCAGACACUUCUGAAUCAAGAAUGUGCAGUGACAGCUUUGGCUGUCAACAGAACUGGUUCAAUAGUUUACUGUGGUUCAUCUGAUGGUGUUGUCAAUUUUUGGGAACGCGAGAAGCAGUUGUCGCAUGGUGGAGUCCUCAAGGGCCACAAAUUGGCAAUUUUAUGCCUUGCAGCUGCUGGAAAUUUGGUGCUCAGUGGAUCAGCAGAUAAAACUAUAUGUGUAUGGAGAAGGGAAAAGUCUGUUCAUACAUUGCUUUCAGUUUUAACAGGUCACAAUGGACCAGUGAAAUGUCUAGCAGUGGAGGAGGACAAAGAGUCCACUGGAAGUGAUCAGAAAUGGGUGGUUUAUAGUGGAAGUCUUGAUAAAUCAGUAAAAGUUUGGAGUGUUUCAGAGAAGGCACCAAUGAUGAUGCAGAAUAAUAUGCAUGGUGAUAAUGUCACUUGGGAUUCAGUCCCAUCUGCUAAAUAUUGAUUGAAAAUGGUUCAAAUGGCAAUGUUUCAGUCGAGGGAUUCAUUAUUCUGUUAACUGUAAGUUAUGGCAUUAUGGUGUGUAAAUUUUUGGCCAAUGAAUCCUGCAUAAUUGAGGGAAUGGAAUUGGACGGACGAAUAAAAUUCUUUUAAUUUCUUUUAUUAUUUGAAUAAUAUUAUGAACAUUAAUUAUAGGAUUGAAUCGAUUGAUA